AUGUUUCUCCUAUCUGAUCUUGUUUCACUUGAUCUCUCCAACAAUCGCCUAAGCAUGCCCCAACAUGGUUUCAAUAAGCUGUUGCAAAAUUUAACGAAAUUAAGAUAUCUUCAUCUUGAAACUGUUGGCAUGUCUACUGUUUCAACUGGUUCUUUAGUAAACUUGUCUUCUUCUUUGAUAUCCCUCAACCUUAGGUUAACAGGGGUGCAAGGCAAAUUUCCAAGUGAAAUUUUUCUAUUUCCAUUUCUCCAGCGGCUAAUAUUGUCAGCAAAUGAACACAUCACAGGUAAUUUGCCAGAGUUUAAUAAGUGCAGUCCUCUCAAAGUACUAGAUCUUUCUAAUUGCAAUUUCCAAGGGUCACUUCCAUCAUCACUCGGAAACCUUACAGAAAUCACCUGUAUGGAUUUGUCAUGGAACAGUUUUACUGGUCAAGUCCCAACUUCAUUAUCUAAACUUGUCCAGCUCACUGGGUUAUCUCUUACACACAACAAUUUUUCUGGAAAAUUUCCAAAUGUUUUGGGUAAUCUUAGUAAAUUAGAGACUUUAGAUCUCUCCGUUAAUAUUUUCAGUGGCCAGUUGCCAACAUCAAUAUUCAACGUGAAUGGACUUCGUUACCUGGACUUUUCUUAUAAUCAAUUUAAAGGUGAAUUUCCUAGUCAGAUAAGCGGUCUUCCAUAUCUAGGUGACAUCAAGUUAAAUAAUAAUCUUCUAGGUGGCAGGGUACCAGCAUGGUUGUUUACUCUGCCAUCUUUGGAGAGUUUAGAUCUUUCCCACAAUAAACUCACAGGUCCGAUGGAGCAGUUCCAGCACCCUGGUCCAAUAAGUAAAGUUUAUUUGCGUGAUAACAUGAUUCAUGGUCCAAUUCCAGAUUCGAUUUUUCAACUUUUGGGUCUCGUACAACUAUCACUUGCAAACAAUAACUUCAGUGGUAAUGUGCAGGUAGAGAUGCUUUCAGAGCUCAAAAAUCUGACGCAUAUUGAUCUUUCAUAUAAUGCCCUUUUGUCAGUAACAGGAAAGGUCAUCUUGCCCCAGCUUAAUGAAGUCUUUUUAUCUUCUUGUAGCUUAACUGCAGUCCCGCUUUUCUUGGGCAGUGUAAGUUAUUUAAAUCUAGACCUUUCCAAUAACUCAAUCUAUGGCCGAAUUUCCCAAUUGGCGCUUGGAAAUUGUUCCAACUUGUCUUACUUAAAUCUGUCACACAAUUUACUUACCAGUGUUGAGUACAUUUCAUCCAUGGUCAACCCUGAAAUUCUUGACCUUUCAUCCAACUUACUCCGAGGACAACUUGUGGAUCUACCAUCUAGCCUUACGUUCUUCUCAGCUUCAAACAAUGAUCUGACAGGAGUGAUCCCUCCAUCAUUUUGUAAUGGGAGCAGAGUUCAAUCCCUUGACUUGUCCUAUAAUGGCUUAAGUGGAAACAUUCCAGAAUGUCUUGUGAAAAGCAAUGCACAGUUCGAGUUCUUGAAUUUGGCAAUGAACAACUUCCAUGGUAGUAUAGAAUCUCUGACGUUUCCCAAUCAAUGUGAUGUGACAGCUCUUAUGCUUAAUGACAAUCAGUUGGAGGGACCAUUACCAUCCUCUUUGGUUAAUUGCCAAGGUUUGGAUAUCCUUGAUGUUGGGAAUAACAGGAUUAAUGAUAGCUUUCCGAAUUGUUUCAUGGUCCCAUUGGCAAUUCCAGCACAAGAUUUCUCUUCCCUCGGUUAA